AUGGAAUCUACAGAGCGGGUCGAACUUCCGGCUUCCUUCGAGGACGUCGAUGUAGAUGUCCUCGUCCAACUCAUAGGCGACAUGAUGGAUCGUCUGAUGGCUCACAACGACCAGAUACCACUCUCGCCUGAAAGUCUCACGCGCUUCCACUCGCGCACCCCUCCAGGCAUCGCCAUCCUAGACUAUCUGCGGCGCAUCGUUCGUUUUACCAAAGCGGAGCGGUCAUGCCUGUUAAUCACUCUGCACUACAUCGAUCAAAUAUCCGCACGGAUGCCUGUCUUCGUCCUCUCGUCUCUCACCUGUCACCGCUUCGUAAUCGCCUCCAUCGCGGUAUCCAGCAAAUGUCUCUGCGACACCUUCUGUAGCAAUAGCGUCUACGCCAAAGUCGGCGGCAUACCCAUCGGCGAACUGAACGUCCUGGAGCGCGAAUUCCUCCACAUGAUCGACUGGCAGCUCACGUGUACGCGCGAAGUCCUGCAGGAGUACUACGUCAACCUCGUCCGCACCUACAGCACCGGGCUCUACGUGAUAAACGACGCGCUCUCCUCUAGCGGCAUCUCCUCAGACAGCGACAUGGACUACGACGCCACGCCCUCACCCGUUGCCUCGCCAGCGCCCGACACCCACUCCCUCCAACAAGCCCGCGCUCGCACCAGCAGCCCGACCGCCGCACGCCGCGAGCCGUCCACCAUCCUCAUCGACGCGGGCGCGCUCGCACCGGAGGCCCGACCUCCUCCCACGAUCGAGCAGAAUAUGGCUUUCGCGGCGUUCCAACAGCAGCAUGCCAUGGACAUGGAUGCGGGGUGA